AGAAACGAUGGCAAAACUAUUUUUAAAAGUGAAUUCCAGCUCAGUUCUGGAAAAGAAACUGCUUAAUUGAUAUGAUCGACAUUUUAAACGACUUUCGUACAUUCUCCAGCUCUUUAUCGCGAUUGAAAUGCGAUUCCCACGUUUAAUAACCGUCACUAUCAUGUCUAGAAAACACAUGUCAGUUAAGUACAUAUAACAGUAACAAAUUGCAUGUUUGCCUUCUUUGAUAGCGUUGACUUCUUUGCCAUUUCUGUAUGAAUUGCAUGCACUGGAACGUGUGCCGGUAGUAGCUGAGCGAGCCAGCAAAGUCAAGCGGAACCCUGAACUUGAUUUUUCUCCUGCGGAAGACAAGCCGGAGCUAUCAUUACCGGAUGCCUAACGGUAGGCGUUUCCAUCAGCACUGCGUAUGUGAUGGAAAAUGUUCCGUGGCGGGUGAAAUAUUUCUCAACUGAUCACGUUAGCAUGGACCGAAGAAGUUGUUCAUAGCUUGUCAAAUUUUUGCUGUAGCGGGAGGUGAAAUCUGCUCGUUUCGAUUUUUUUCCUGGAUUAUUUAUUAGGAUGGCGGCCAACACCGGAGUUAAAAUUAUUCGAGACUUUCUCCGCGAAAGCCCUUGUCGGAAGGCCUACCUGUUGACCCAGCAAAAGAGCUACGCCCAUCAGUUUUCGAAAAACAACGGUUUGCGAAAAAUCCCUGCAUCCAAUCGGCAUCCGGAAGUGCGCCCCAAAACUGCUCCGAUUCUACCUACAAAUCUAGCUCAAGCAAUCACCGGUCACAACCUUAUGGAGAGCCACCACCCGGAGCGGAGACGACCGACGACCAGUGGAAAAUUACUGAAACGUCCCCGAGAUCCGACUCCACAACGCAACCGAAGACCCGGCAGUGGCAGUAGCAAAUGUCCGAAACCGAGUCGUCCCAAGCGUCCCGCCGAAGAAAUCCGCCAGAGUGAACCACCCUCCACAUCGGACAGUAAUGCCCGUCGGAAGCAACACAACAAACAAUCUAAAUCUCCGGAUCAAGCUCAGAAAUCUCACAAGAAACCGUGCAAGAUCUGUAUCCACGAGGACGACUGUCAGAUCCCGACGCAGUGGCAGCAACUGUUGAAUGCUGCUCCGAAAAAAGAACCUUCAUCUAAUGGAUUUCGUUAUCUGAUUGAUGAAAUCGAAAGACUACGGGCAGAACUUAUUCAACGCGGGGACAUGAAGCAUAUCACGUUCCGGGAAUCGCUUCAGUUGAUCAACGAAAUCAAGCAGAGAAUCGAUGCCGCUUCCGAUACCGAUGCUUUCCUGGACCGAUUAGUACCGCUACAGACGACAUUGCUGCACUCGGCGGCGGACAUUAAAUCGCGCAAAUCGGCGCCACGUUCGCUACGGUUCGAGGGUGGCCGUAUUUUGCCAUCCGACUAUGCUGCAUUCAAAUCACAUGCCGUGGGGCGAAAAGAAAGCAUAUUUAAGGUGGUGGGAAGCAACGCAAGUAGACGGAACGAGAAAAAAUUCGACGAAGGACCUUUGCGGAUGUUGCUUCCCUUCAUGAGGGGUAGGCCGAUCCAAGAGCAUGCUAAAUUUUAACAGAAUAGUGUAAAUUAAAAUGUUUGAAAACUGAAA